GGCGCCGUUUCAUGUGUCCGCAGCUGGCUGCUUUUCAUCCCAGCAGUGGGCAGUCUCUGGCCGCCCAGCCGUGCACUAUGGCGGCCGCUGUUGAAGUGAACGGGAGUACCAGCUGCAGCGGCAGCAGCGAUACGUCCAGCACUGGGGAGGAGGAGAGGAUGAGGCGCCUCUUUCAGACGUGCGACGGAGACGGGGACGGCUAUAUAAGCAGGAAUGAUUUAUUAAUGGUUUGCCGCCAGCUGAACAUGGAGGAUUCGGUGGCUGAAAUCAUGCAUCAGCUUGGAGCCGACGAAAAUGGGAAGAUCUCAUUUCAAGAUUUCAGCAAGUGUCGUAUGCAGCUAGUGCGGGAAAUCAGAAAGGAGGAAGUAGAUUUGUCUGACGACUCCCUCAAGAACAAAAAACUGCGCGAUCGGAUCACUUCCUGGCCGACUGGGAGCGAUCACAGCUUAGGUGCUCUAUCAGGAGCUAGGGAGAGUUGGGAGUAUGAUUCUGGAGCACGUGACCUCCAGAGCCCAGACCCACAGAAUCAUUCCAUCAUGCAGAAAUUUUUGGAAUUUGGGGGUAAAGCAACCACACAAGCAGCUCUACAAAGACUUCUUUCUCAGAGCUCCUGUCUCGGCAACAAUGUUGGGGGAAGCUACCUGGAACUUGCCAAUACUCUUCAUCUAGCAGCCCUGGCUUCUUUAAAAGGAGACAUAGUUGAGCUGAACAAACGACUCCAACAGACGGAACGGGAGCGGGAUAUUCUAGAGAAGAAGCUUGCCAAGUCUCAGUGUGAACAGUCACAUCUCAUGAGGGAGCAUGAGGACUUACAGGAGAAGACAACAUUACGAUAUGAGGAAAGAAUUACUGAGCUGCACAGCAUCAUUGCAGAAUUAAAUAAGAAGAUUGACCGACUUCAAGGGACAACAAUAAGGGAGGAAGAUGAGUACUCAGAGCUACGCUCAGAACACAGUCACAGCCAGCUUGAAGUAAAUGAUGAUUCCCGCAGUAUAGACCAAGACCAAGACCAGACCUCUGUCUCUGUGCUGGAGAAUCAGUCCACUAUGGUUACUGUUGAUAUGGACACUUGCAGUGACCUGAACUCUGAGCUGCAGAGGGUACUUACAGGUCUAGAAAAUGUGGUGUGUGGGAGGAAGAAGAGCAGCUGUAAUUUAACUGUGGCAGAUGUGGACAGACACAUUGAGCAACUCACAUCUGCCAGCGAGCACUGUGACCUGGCUAUCAAGACUGUGGAGGAAAUAGAAGGGGUGCUGGGCCGUGAAUUGUAUCCUAACCUGGCAGAAGAAAGGGCGCGAUGGGAGAAGGAGCUAGCUGGAUAUCGGGAAGAGAAUGAGAGCCUCACUGCUAUGCUUUGCAGCAAAGAAGAAGACCUCAACAGGACCAAGUCUACAAUGAGUGCUAUUCGAGAAGAGCGUGAUAGACUUCGUAGAAGGGUGAGAGAACUCCAGACCCGACUUCAAAGUGUGCAGGCAACUGGUCCCUCUAGUCCUGGUCGUCUCACUUCUGCAAGUAGACCAGUAAACCCAAGCACUGGAGAGCUAAGCACAAGCAGCAGUAGUAAUGACAUUCCUAUAGCUAAGAUUGCAGAGCGGGUUAAGUUGUCUAAGACCAGAUCCGAGUCCUCCUCUUCAGAAAGGCCGGUUCUGGGUUCUGAGAUCAGCAGCAUUGGUGUAUCUAGCAGUGUGGCUGAACACUUGGCACAUUCUUUGCAAGAUUGCUCCAAUAUUCAAGAGAUAUUUCAAACCCUUUACUCCCAUGGUUCUGCCAUCUCAGAAAGCAAAAUCCGAGAGUUUGAGGUGGAAACCGAGCGAUUAAAUAGUCGAAUCGAGCACUUAAAAUCCCAGAAUGAUUUGUUGACGAUAACACUGGAGGAGUGCAAGAACAAUGCGGAGAGAAUGAGUAUGCUGGUUGGGAAAUAUGAAUCGAAUGCUACUGCCCUGAGGCUGGCUCUGCAGUACAGUGAGCAGUGUAUUGAGGCGUAUGAAUUAUUACUGGCACUUGCAGAAAGUGAGCAGUCUCUCAUUCUUGGACAGUUCAGAGCUGCUGGAGUUGGAUCAGUAGCUGAGCAGUCAGGGGAUGAGAAUAUCACACAGAUGCUAAAGCGAGCACAUGACUGCAGGAAGACGGCUGAGAAUGCUGCUAAAGCGCUGCUAAUGAAGCUGGACGGCAGCUGUGGAGGAGCGUUCGCUGUCACUGGUUGUAGUGUGCAGCCAUGGGAGAGUCUGUCCUCAAACAGCCAUACAAGUACUACCAGUUCUACAGCCAGUAGCUGUGACACAGAGCUUACAAAAGAGGACGAGCAGAGGUUGAAGGAUUAUAUUCAGCAGCUAAAGAACGACCGGGCUGCAGUUAAACUCACCAUGCUGGAAUUAGAGAGCAUACAUAUUGAUCCUUUAAGCUAUGAUGUCAAGCCAAGGGGAGACAACCAGAGACUAGAUCUGGAGAAUGCUGUCCUGAUGCAAGAACUUAUGGCAAUGAAGGAGGAAAUGGCUGAGCUCAAGGCACAGCUAUACCUGCUAGAGAAGGAGAAAAAGGCUCUAGAACUUAAGCUGAGCACGCGGGAUGCCCAGGAACAGGCCUACCUGGUUCACAUUGAGCACCUCAAGUCUGAAGUGGAAGAGCAGAAAGAGCAGAGGAUGCGGUCACUGAGCUCAGCCAGCAGCAAAGACAAGAUGGGAAAGGAAUCCAUAGAUGGUUCUGCAUUAUCCUUAUCUGAGCUGAGACCGUACAAUGAUAGUGAACUUACAUCAGAACUCACCAGUGCACUGAAAAGGGAAAAGAAGCUGAAGUCCAGAGCACAGGAGCUGGUUAGCGCCUUAGAGAGACUCACUAAAAGUAGUGAGAUCCGACAUCAGCAAUCUGCAGAGUUUGUCAAUGAUCUAAAGAGAGCUAACAGUAACCUAGUUGCAGCAUAUGAAAAGGCCAAGAAGAAGCAUCAGAAUAAGCUGAAGAAGCUGGAGUCCCAGAUGAUGGCCAUGGUGGAGAGACAUGAGACCCAAGUGAGGAUGCUGAAGCAGAGAAUAGCAUUACUAGAAGAGGAGAACUCCAGACCUCAUGCCAAUGAGACAUCACUGUGAAGCCAACCCUGGAGUCAUGUACGUGCCAUAGCUAUGCCUGCAAUACAGACUGAUGACUCCUCUGGCAGUCUGCUCCUGGGUGUGACUGGAAAUAACAAACAUUGACACUCAAAUAUGAAGCUUUUUAAGCCUACUGUGCAGAAGAAGAAACAUUCACUUCACCUCCAGUGAUAUACCUGACCAGUUUUUUUUUAUUUGUACACUGGUGUGUGCCAAAAAUGUCGCAGCCGCACAAGCAGAUAGUGCGCUGCGUGUGGAAUGGGGGGACGACUUCAGAAACCUGACUUCUACAAUGCACCUUUGUUUUCUUCCACUUCAUGGACCAU